AUGGGACGGCGGCUGACGGUCCGCAGCGCUCAUCCCAAGUUGUCGGGACAGUACCUGGAGAGCGGCUCUUGCGAAGGCCGCCCCGCAUAUGUCAAGAACUGUGAUGAGGUUUGGUUGGUCUUCUCUGAACGCUUUGGAGCAGGGCCUGGCUGGUACUUUGCCAGCAGUUUUCCGCAGGCGGGCGAGCUCCGUUCCUUCUGCCGCUCGGACCUCAGCGACGCGGCCGCGCCUGAGCUGGCGACCUGGCCCCAGGAGCUGCGCCUGGAGCUGUGGCAAGAUGAAGAGAUAGAGGUGCCCUUCGGAAGUCCCACGUGCAGCGCGUGCAAAGAAGUGCAGGAAUUGUUUCCUGGGCUGCGCUGUGAGGUCUGUGCGGCGGAGGAUGCCGUGGCGUUGAAGGGGUUGCGCCUUCUCCAAGAGAAGACCUCCAGCAUGCUCUGCCAGAAGACGGCCACGGCCUUUGCAGAAGGAGAUGCCGAUGCCAGACGGCUGCUGGAGAGCAUCCACCACGCCCACGCCACCGGAUCCACUGAGCUGAUUUUGGUGCGGCAGCCUCCACCGUGCGUAGAAAUCGGCACUGGAACCAUGUCUCUGCUUUGCGAUGUGAUCAGCUUCAGCGAGCCUUCCAGUGCCCGACGUGUCCAGUACAGCUGGCACAAGGACGGCCAGCCGCUGCCCCGCGCCGGGCUGCCGCGCUUGGUGUUGAGCGGCGCCAGUGAUGCCGAAGGAAGCUACACCUGCGUGGUGACGGCUGGGGAGGACUCCAUCACCACGCGCAGCUGUGAAGUUCGCCUCAGUGCCGAGGCCAAGGAACGGUUGUUGCAAAAGGCGCAGCAACGGCAGAGAUUCGAAUCACCCCUGCGCCGCGCCGCGGGUGCGGUGCAGAUGGGCGACCUGGCGCGGGCCAUUCAGCUGCUGACGGAGGCCAUUCAGGCGGCCACAGAUGAUGAGGCGGUCCGAGCGGAGGCCUUGUGCCAACGCGCCGAGCUGCGCGUGCGGCGCGGGCAGUGGCAGGAGGCGUUUCAGGAUGCGGUCGACGCCUUAAAGCUGCAGCCCAGCUUAGCCAGGGCGCACGCGGCGCGAGGUGCGGCUGCUGAGGAGCUUGGCUUUUUGGCAGAGGUCCUCGGGCCACGCCCGGCCGCGACGCCGCUGGCACCGGCGGAGGUGGCGCGGAUCCAUGCGGCGGUGCGCAGCAGGGCCCUGGAGGCCAUUGCGGAGAGGAAGCUGCGGCCGGGGCAGGAGCUGGAGCUGAUUUCCGCAUUGGACUUGGAAACAGACUUCUGGGGCUUGCCCGGGGCAGACCGCGGCAUUGAUUCCCUCGCACUGAAUCUCAGCACGGCUGUGCAGGCGAAGGAUUACCAGGACUAUGUGCCAUUGGAACGCCUGGCCACGUUCCACUACUUGGUGCGUUCCGAGGGGUCGCCCUUGAAGGAUCGGGUCCAGCAGAUGGUGGUGGCCACCAACGAGAGCACGCGGCUGCCGCAGGACUGGCAAUGGAGCGGAGCAAAGCACCGGCGCUACACGCAAGAUGAGAUCGAGAGGUGGCGAGAGCUUGCAAGAAACGAGUCGGCCAAAGAUGUGCCGACGGAACUUGCGAAAAAGGACCUGAAGCGCUGGCCUCAUCAACUCGCCUGCCUUGCUCAAUGCCAGAAAUUUCUGACCAACUCCUCCAAGAGGGACUUCUUUGUUGAAAUGGCCACUGGCACUGGGAAGAGCCUGGUGAUGGCAGACGUGUUGGCUGGCUCGGGCCCCGGGAAGGCAUGCAUCAUCGUCCCAAAGUUGGAUCUGAUGGAGCAACUGGCUGAUUUGCUGAAAGAGAUGUUGCCAUUUCGAAUCUCCCGCAUGGGCACAGGAUACCCUGUGGACUUGUCGGCUCAGCUGUUUGUUUGUGUGAGAAACUCCGCCUGGCAGCUGCAGAAUUUGACCUUUGAGCUGCAGAUUUCGGAUGAGGCCCAUCACUAUGAACCCACUUCAGUGGGUGCUGCGGGAAAUGAGACUGUAGAUGGUGUGCAUGCGAUGCAAGUGCUGGGGUUGAAUGCCAGGAAACGGAUCUUCUUCAGCGCGACCCUGCUGAGAAACAAACCUGACUUCGAGUUUGGCCUCCGUCCUGCCAUUAAGGCUAGAAUCAUCAGCGACUACACUGUGAUGGUGCCAAUUCUCACUGCAGGCGACCCAAGGCCUGGGUUGGUGGAGCUUAUUCAAGACCUCCCGAUGUCAAGGAAGGUCCUUGCAUUCUGCAACACUGUCGAUGAGGCAAGACAUUUCACAGGGCUCCUGAACAGCAACGGCAUCGCUUCAGAUCAUUACAAUGGCCACACUUCCAAAGCACAUCGUCAGAAGAUCUUGCAGAGCUUUGGUCGGAGCCCAACACGCGGAGGGAUUCGGGUUCUCGUCACAGUGGAUGUCCUGAGUGAAGGGGUUGACCUGCCAUGUGCAGACACCUGCCUCUUUGUUGCACCAAGACAUGCGGUGCGCCUUCGUCAGUGCGUGGGAAGGGUCUUGCGGCAGCAUCCUAGCAAGAUCGAUGCCCUCGUAAUUGCACCUCCACUGGUGCAGGAUGUAAAUGGGACGGCAUUGGUUCAAGACAUGGAGCUAGGGCGAUUGCUCAUGGAGCUGGCACAAGCUGAUCCGCUUUUGAGAACACGUAUGCUUCAAAACCUUGAGGAUGCAACUCUCAAUUCGAGGAUUUGUGUGCAUGGCGGAAGCCGGCAAAGCGGCAACCAUGACAUUGUUGAAAAAGCAGCCCGCCUUUUGCAUUUUCACGUUUUUACAUCUGUUCUCACUACUCUUUCCAUGGGCUGGGAGCUGGCCUUCAGCAAAUUGGCUGAAUAUAAGUCUGAGUAUGGAGAUGUGCUUGUUGCCACGGACUUUGUGACCGUUGAUGGCUUGAAACUCGGCCUUUGGGUCAGAAAUCAGCGCUAUACCAAAGCCAAGGGGAAAUUGUUUCAAGAGCGAGAGGAUCGCUUGAACACUCUUGGCAUGGUUUGGGAUCCGUUGGCUGACGCUUGGGAGCUGGCCUUCAGCAAAUUGGCUAAAUACAAGUCUGAGAAUGAAGAUGUGCUUGUCCCCACGGAUUUUGUGACCGCUGAUGACUUUAAACUUGGUUUUUGGGUUGGUACCCAGCGAAAAAACAAAGCAAAGGGGAAAUUGUCUCAAGAGCGAGUGGUUCGCUUGAACACUCUUGGCAUGGUUUGGGAUCCGUUGGCUGACGCUUGGGAGCUGGCCUUCCGAAAAUUGGCUGAAUACAGGGCUGAAAAUGGAGAUGUGCUUGUCCCCCAAAACUUUGUGACCGCUGAUGACCUUAAGCUUGGUUUUUGGGUCAAAACUCAGCGCCAUAACAAAGCCAAGGGGAAAUUGCGCCAAGAGCGAGCGGACCGCUUGAAUGCCCUUGGCAUGGUUUGGGCAUGUCAGUGAAAACAUGAUGCCCAGUUGAUGUGCAGAUUAAGAACCUUUCAUGUCUCGUUUGGCAGGGCAGCCAUAUGCAGCCAUGAUUGCAAAAGUCUAGUUAUGGCAGGAUAUGGCAGGAUUUUUCAUCCAACUGUGCCAAUUUGCAUAUUUGUUCUUCAGCAAUCUUGUUUUUCAAGUUCUUUUGGGUGGGAACAUCCUGCGCGAAAACAAUACCAGCAUCAUCCAACAUCGUCCAACAUCUAAAUGUGAAAACGCGUCUGGCAAAA